CUUUAUCGUUCCUCUACCUGACUUCGUUGCCUUGUUUCACCAGGUAGCUCACCCCUGCAAUAGUCACUCCACGUAGCAAUAGCAGCAAGUCAUCAUCGCUCUCUAUCCUCCUCCAACAUGGUUGUUUUCGCCCCUCAUCCUCUGUGGCUGUUCAUACUGCUCUCUUCCUUCGUCAUGGCAGACAUAGACUUGACCGCCCGCUACGCUCUCAUAAACCCAUUACUUGGCUCUUCGCGCUCCUUGGCAUCAACGUCUCUCAAUGACUCCCUCCUCGUAGCCCCCAGUACUUCCGACUCUAGUCAGUCAUGGUACUUCACCUCGACCUCUUCCACGGACUACUACCGCCUACACACCGUAGCGAAAGGCGACCAAAACGCGCUCGACGUCGACAAUUACUAUGGCUCCAAUUCUAUCGAUAUGCACUUUUAUUAUGUCCAACCGCGCUCAGGCCAGUUUUGGAAAGUCAGUAAGCAGAGCGACGGGAGUGUGAAGAUCAGCAAUAAUUAUACCGGUUCGGACAUCUUUCUGGACAUCGACGAAUCGAAUCUCAAGCCAACACUGAGAGCAGGCGAUGGGGAAGGCACAAGAUGGACGCUGAGCAGUCCAGGGUCGACUCCCACGGCGACAGAUGUGACCACAUUGGCUUCGCCCUUGGCCACGACGAUGAGUACAGCGGUGUCGAUAUCUAGGUCUAGUGCUGUUAGUACUGGACCGGGGAGUACAUGUACUGUAGAGUGCUCAGCGACGAAUACGCCUUCACCAAAGCCGGGAAAGUUGUCCACCGGUGCGAUUGCUGGCAUAGUGGUUGGGGGUGCCAUCGUGUUGGGGGCGGUGGUUGGCUUGCUUUUGUACAGGCGCUGGAGGAACAGCAGAGCCGCUCAGCUGCCUGAUAGGCCGGCGCGGAUGACGAGUAACCCUAUGUUAAAUCUUAGAUGAAGAUAUCGGGCGUGAUAAUGUAAUUGUGGAAAUACCCAAAUCUCGCGCUGUGAGGGGUGCAUUAUCUCUUUGUUCGCUUCUUGUAGCAGUAUAGACUUGACAUGUGGGGU